UUCAUCUAUCUAUGAACUCAAAGUUCAUCCACAAUGGUAUAUUGUUGGAGAAGACAAACGUUCAUAUUUUCAUUCUGAAGGCAUUCAUUUUGUUGCACCUAACGCACGAUUUAUUAAUCGAAAAGAUAAUGUUCAUCUAGAUAUUUGGCCUAUGUAUAAUUAUCAUCCAAAUCAAACAAGAAUAGAAAACAAUAGUAAACCAAUGCUUUCUGAAUAUAAUAAAAAUUAUAAAUGGAAAUCAUCACCAAAAGAAUGGACAUUUCCAUUAGAAGAAUGUUUGUUUAGUGGAAUAAAAGUCUGGUGUCCAGCACAACCAGAAAAACUCGUAUCUAAUAUGUAUGAAGAAAUCUCUGUUGAAAUAUCAUCGACAAAAUGCAUCAAUGGCUCAUGGACAAAAUUAGAUGAAUAUAGAUUUGUAGAAACCAAGACAACAAUGAACAACCAGGAAACUAGUACUGAGCAGAUGACAACGUUACAGAUCAAAACUACAAGACUAGAUAAUGAUGAUCUCAUUGAAAAAGCUCUUCAACAAGUUCCAACAUGCACAUCAGGUGAUCGUUCUCGUCAAAGAAGCCUUUUGACUAAUCUUCAAGUUUGGUCUCAUCUAGCAGAACAAUAUAAUCUUCAGUAUUGGAUAUCAUAUGGAACACUUGUUGGUUAUGUUCAACGUCGUGG